AUGACGCAUGUUAAGAGAUAUAGAUCUAAUAAUAGAUCAAAAGACCAGAUGAGUUCAAAAAAAUAUGAUAUGGAUGUUGGACCUCAUAUGGGUAUAAAAUUGGCAAUUGAUGAAAAUGUAACAGUAGAUUCACGCGUUGCAAGGUUAAGUAUUACACAAGAUAUGGCCAGUAAAGAAGAGAUAGUGGCAUCGUUAAGAAAAUCGUUACCUGGUGAUGAAAAUGACGAGCUUAAAAAUAUGACUGCUGUUAUUACAGGUACUGAUGAAUUGUCCACCCUUGGUGCGGGAUUUAGAUCUAAGAGAAGACGUUCCAGUGCAGUUUCUUUACCUGGCUUGAAGAAUUCUGAUAUAAAUCUAAACAAUCAUUCUAGGAACGACCAUAGUACUGGCAACAUUGGCACUAGUACAAGUUCUUCACCAAAGUCACAACUAGCAACCAAAAAAAAAGAAAAGAAGAAAGAUAAUAAACAAAUUUCUAUUAAAUUCUCUGAUACCUUAACUGAAAAAAGAAUGUCAGUUCGAGAUUUACGAGAUUUAACGUUAUAUUUAUUCCAUGGAACAAACAAUGCGCCAAAAUGGACUCAAAUUGAAAAUAAAUUAAACUUGAAAAAAAUGAUUAUUUUAUUUGUUCCUGGUUUACAACCAAAAGAUUAUGAUUUAUCAGAAAAUUCAACCUUUGAAGAAAAUACCAAGCUACUGAAAUUAAAGCACCUAAAAGUUUUAAAAAGCAAUAAAUUGAUUAAAGGAUUUCAUAAUUUUGCUGUUUGUGCACCAGGUUCAAGAACAUCUGUAUUUUCUGCGUACAAUGCAUUUAUUAAUGUAGGCCUAACAAAGAAAGAAAAAGAAGCUCGCCGUCUAGAAUUGUCGAAGAAAAAAAUCAAUAUUUUUGAUUUGUUAAUUAAUAUUGAUCAGAUGGUUGAAAACGAAUAUCCAAUUCAUUUAGAUACACCUGAUUUGACUGAAGAACAACGAUUACUUAUAUCUGAUAUGAAUAAUAAAGGUGAAGAUUCUGAUAAAUGGGUUGAUACUUUUAAAUUUACUCAUGAUGGUUCUCAUAUAUUUGCUUUAGAUUGUGAAAUGUGUAAAGCUGAAGAAGGUUUAGUAUUGACAAGGGUGAGUGUCAUUAAUUUUAAUAUGACGGUUGUUUAUGAUACUUUAGUUAAGCCAGAUGUACCAAUCAUUGAUUAUUUAACUGAAUAUAGUGGUAUUACAGAAGAAAGUUUAAAAAAUGUAACUACUAAAUUAAAAGAUGUACAAAAAAAAUUAUUGGAAAUUAUAAGUUCUGAUGAUAUUUUAAUCGGUCAUUCUUUACAAAGCGAUUUAAGAGUCUUAAAAUUAAGGCAUCCGAGAAUUGUAGAUACUGCAGUCUCCUUUGAUCAUAAGGCUGGCCCUCCAUUUAAGCCUGCUUUAAAAUAUCUUGCUAAUGAAUUUCUCUCUAAAGAUAUUCAAAAUAAAUCAAAACUAGGUCAUGAUUCAAUUGAAGAUUCUAAUACAUGCCUUGAAUUAGUUAAAUUAAAAAUAUUGAAUGGUUUGGCAUUUGGCUCUCAGAUUAAUACUGAGAAUUUAUUCACCAGAUUAUCGAAAUAUUCAAUUAGCUCCUUAACUUUAAAUGAUAAUAACCCCAAAUUCAAAUUUUCAAACUCAACUCAUAAAAAAUCUACUGAAGAUUCAUUAAGAUGCAAUAAUGAUGAUGAAAUAUUUGAUGGUAUUAAAGAAAAUAUUGACAAAUAUGAUUUAUUUGUAGGUAGAUUACGUGGGUUAGAAUUUUCAAGAGAGUAUGCUAAACCGAGAAAUUGUGAUAUGAUAAAUAAACCUAUGCUUAAUGUGAAUGAGAAACAAGCAUUGGAUAGUCUGAAUAGAGGUUUAGAAUUAAUUUAUGAAACAGCACCAGAUGGUACACUCAUUGUGAUGUUAUCUGGUAGUGGUGAUACUAGGGAUUGGAUGAAAAUCAUGCUAGAUUUAAAUAAUCUGAAUAAGCAAGAGAAGCAAAAAGAAAGGGCAAAGCGAGAUAAAGAAAUAGAGGAUGCUAUAGUGAAAGCAAGAGAUGGAGUAGUUUCUAUCUUGAUCAAAACGGAAACUAAAAAUGAUCAACUGUCAACUUGA